AUGGCGUCCCAUGCAUUGUCGCUUCGAGACCGUCAGGUCGCCUCCAUCCAGAAGAUCUUGAACUUAAACCACGAUCCCCAUGCAACGGGGGAUAGCCCUCACGAUGUAUCCGCUCAGGGCCUCAUUUCAACACCGAUCCUGAAUGAGGACGGUGACCCCAUAUGGAAGGUAUUGGUGUUUGAUAACAUGGGCCGGGAUGUCAUUAGCAGUGUGCUGCGGGUGAACGAUCUCAGAGCUUGGGGUGUCACAAUUCAUCUAAACCUGAACUCCGUCAGAUAUCCCAUCCCCGAUGUCCCCGUCGUAUACCUCGUGGAGCCGACCCCCGCCAACAUCCAAACAAUCACAAACGAUCUCUCCCGCGGCCUCUAUUCACCCGCCUAUGUCAACUUUCUUUCAUCCGUACCUCGACCGCUUCUUGAAGACUUCGCGUCCCAGAUCGCCACAACCGGUACCGCAGAGCAUAUUGCUCAGGUUUAUGACCAAUAUUUGAACUUCAUCGUGGCGGAACCGGACCUUUUCAGCUUGGGUCUUGGAAAUGAUGCCUACUGGAAGAUCAAUAGCGCCAAGACGAGCGAUGAGGAGUUGGACGCCAUCGUUGAUAAGAUCGUCAGUGGCCUGUUCAGUGUCAGUGUGACUAUGGGUACUAUCCCUAUCAUCCGUUGUCCCAAAGGCGGCGCAGCAGAGUUGAUUGCUACAAAGCUUGACCGGAAACUGCGCGACCAUAUCCUCAAUUCCAAAGACAACCUGUUCUCCAGCAACAAAAAACUGCCUUCCGGGGUACCCUCAUCACGGCCAGUCUUGAUCGUAGUCGACCGCAAUGUGGAUUUAGUUCCCAUGCUCUCGCACUCAUGGACAUACCAGUCACUAGUGCAGGAUGUACUUCAGAUGCGUCUCAAUCGGAUCACAGUCGAGACACCAGUGGAUGAAUCUAAUCCUGCCAGAGGCGUGACGAAGAAGGCGUACGACUUGGGCAGCAACGACUUCUUCUGGAAGCGCAACGCUGGAGCACCUUUCCCCCAGGUGGCGGAAGACAUCGAUGCCGAAUUGACACGGUACAAAGAAGACGCGAAUGAGAUUACGAAGAAGACCGGCGCUUCCUCCAUCGAAGAUUUACAGAACGACACCAGUGCAUCUGCGCAGCACCUCAAGGCCGCCAUUACCCUGCUUCCUGAAUUGCGAGAGCGCAAAGCUGUUCUGGACAUGCAUAUGAACAUAGCGACUGCACUACUGAAGGGGAUUAAGGACCGUCAGCUAGAUAACUUCUUCGAACUCGAGGAGAACAUCACGAAGCAAUCAAAAGCACAGAUUUUGGAAUUGGUCAACGACCCCGCAAAGGGCAGCGACCCAACCGAUAAACUCCGAUUAUUCAUCAUCUGGUUCUUGAGCACCGAGACAGACUUGUCUCGUGCAGACAUGAGCCAAUUCGAGGAGGCUCUUAAACGCGCGGGAAUUGAGGAUGUCAGUCCUCUGACUUAUGUCAGACAGGUUCGAGAGCUCACUCGCAUGACCAUGAUGACGACUGCCGCACCACAGCAGCAAUCCUCCGACUUGUUUCGUGGAUUUUCGUCCCUCUCCAACCGCUUGACAGAUCGGAUUACCUCCGGCGCAUUGGGGGCCAAUUUCGACUCGCUGAUCUCCGGCGUCAAGAACUUCUUGCCGGCAAACAAGGAUCUCACAUUGACCAAGAUCACUGAAUCCAUCAUGGAUCCAGCAUCGGCCUCGAGUUCAGCAAUCGCCAAAACAGAGAAUUAUCUCUACUUCGACCCCCGGAGCGCUAACGCACGGGGGGCGAUGCCACCUGCAUCUGCAUCCCGCAACCAACAAGGUCCAGGAGCCCUUGGCGGUGUGGGACCGGGAACCAGUGCCACAUUCGGGCAGCGUCGCCAGGCCUUCAACGAAGCGAUCGUCUUCACCGUCGGUGGCGGCAGCAUGGACGAGUAUGGCAAUUUGCAAGACUGGGUGCAACAAACCAGCGGUCAGCCCGGCGAAGGCGCGGGGGCGGGCAGUCGCGCGGGGGCCGGGGCCAUAGGCGGAGCCAGACGACGGGUAGUCUAUGGCAGCACGGACUUGAUGAAUGCCACCGAGUUCCUCACGGAAUCCCUGGCCAAAUUGGGGCGGGAAAGUUGA